CCUGCCCUCCAGUACCCUGUUGACAAGCUCGCAUCUGAACUGAAGGGCACCAUCUCCUCCCCGCUCCAAAGUGCCAAAAGCACCAUUGGCAACUCUGUGGAUAAGAUCAUGGAGCUGGCAGCUGAGGGCUAUGAGGCCACCAAGAGCACGGUGGAAACAACAGCCAAGUACACGAGGAGGAACUCUGUGAGCCAGAUGGCAGCUGCAGGGGUUGACACGGCCCUGGGGGGGCUGGAGAAGCUGAUGGAGUACCUGCUACCAGAGGAGGAUGAGGAAGCAGAUCAGAAACCCAAAGAGAAACGUGGGUCAGCAGCAAAGGUCUCCCAGCAGCAGCCCAGUGCUCCCAGCACCCUGGGCCGUAUCGGUGCCUUGGUCAACACCGCCUCCCACCUUGCUUAUCAGCAAACCACCCAAAACCUCCAGCGUGCCAAAGCCAAAGGGCAGGAGCUGGCCAUCUGGAUCCCCAUCGUGGGCAGCCUGGCCAAGCCCAGCACUCCCGAGGCACCGCGGGUCACCAGCAUGACCCGGCGGAACAGCACGGUCCCGGAGCAGAAGCAGGAGAAGGCAGGGAAAAAAGACACCAACCAUACCAAGGAGGCAAGGGACGAGCCCGGGCUGGUGGGCAGCGUGGCUCACAACCUGCACUCCGCCUGCGCCUCCGGCAUCUCCAGCGUGAAGAAGGUCCCGGCUGUGGCCUGGGAUGCGGCGGAGGGCUUGAUCCUCUUCACACCCCGCAGGCUGUCCAAGGCCAUGGAGACAGUGGAUGCUCUCGGGGGGACCCUUGUCAGUGCCCCCAAGCAUCUGCUGGGCACGCUGUACAGCUAUGUGCCG